AUGACUGUGUGGCAAAAACUCGAAAAUGAGGACUGCUACGCUGUUGCUCUAUAUAACUUUAACUCGUCGUCCCCCUUCCAUUUACCCCUGGAGGUAGGGGAGCUAGUGCACCUGGAACGCGAGACUGCAGAUUGGUACUGGGGUUCAAGUCUGCGAAGGGACAAGAGUGGGGCUUUCCCUAAAGGCUAUGUGGUCAUACGAGAGUGCAAUGUUGAUAGGUGUGGAGAGACCGUGGUCGCGUCUGCCGGUGGCAGCGGUGUGGUCCACGACAUUGCCAUCACGUUACGUGAAUGGCUUCAGCACUGGAAAACUUUGUACAGAACGAACGAUGAACGAUUCAAAUUCAUGGAGGUGAGCAUGCGUGCGUUGUUAGAGCUACGUGGGCAGGCAGCGACGGGGGCUUUACCACAGGAUCAGUUACGACGAGUGGCUAGAACUGCUGUGUUCACUAUUGAUAAAGGGAACAGAACGCUAGGAAUGGAGUUAGCAGUGAGAACUAUAAGCGGCCAACUAGUCGAUCCACUGACAACGUCUACAUUUAAACUGAAUGCUUUACACGAUGAAGCGAAUUCAAGGAUUGAUAAGAAUAUGGAAACUACCCCAAGCAGUCGACCUACAAGUCAAACCCCCACCGCUCGCACCUACACCAUAGUAGUUCAUAUAAAAAACUUCGUCUGCCGUAUGAGUGAUACCGCAGAGCUCUCAUUAGCUUUACACGACUCGUCUGGUAGUAAAAUAACUGAAAAUGUCCUGUUAAAAUGGCCGCCGGGACAUUUGGGCGCGGCGGAAUUGUUUACAGCGCCAUCUGUCGUUUUUACGGACCUAGGCAGCGAUAUCAAAAAGGAGAAAAUCCACCUAGUCUGCCACGUGGUCCGGCUCGGGUCCAUGGAACCCCAGAACAUGGACCACCGGCGCAGCACCAUUAGUGGGCCGCCUUCCCCGACGGCCCACACCAUGCGCCGGCCCUUCGGCGUGGCCAGCGCCGACAUCACUAUGCACCUCGCCUCCGACAACUCGGAUAAGGAGAUACAGUUGCCUUUCUAUGCGUGUGAAAAAGAAAAUAUGGACACGUUAUUGAAGAAAGUGAUAGCAAACAGGGAGCUCAAAGACAAACACGCGCAAGGGCUGUGGGUGUUCUUGCAAAUGGUGGAGGGUGACUUGAAACAGAUCCGCCAAGAGAAUCCCCACAUGGUGGUGGGAAAUACAGUGUUCGCCCGAAAAAUGGGGUUCCCCGAAGUCAUCCUGCCGGGCGACGCGCGCAACGACCUCUACGUGACGCUGUGCGGGGGCUCCUUCUCGCGCGGCUCGGGGAAGUCCUCGGAGAGGAACAUUGAGCUGGCUGCGAGGGUUGUGGAUAAACAUGGGGUUGUUAUACCUGGUGUGAUAUCGGUGGGCGCGGGCGUGCCGCUGGUGGACGAGUUCACGUCCGUGGUGUACUACCACGAGGACAAGCCGAGGUGGCAGGAAGUGUUUAAGGUAUGCCUAAACAUAGAAGAGUUCAAAGAAGCGCACAUAGUAUUCCUCUGUAGGCAUCGCAGCUCCAACGAAGCAAAGGACCGCGCUGAGAAACCCUUUGCGCUCUCGUACUUGCGCCUCAUGCAGAAGGAAGGCACCACUACGCCUGAUACUGUGCAUAAUUUAGCUGUUUAUAAGAUCGAGUACAAGCGCAGCGCGAGCGCGGCGGGCGCGGAGGCGGAGGCGGCGCUGGCGUGCCUGCAACUGCCGUCGCGGCGCGCGUCUCUGCCGGCAGGCUGCGAGCGCGGGCUGGCGCGCGCGCCGCUGGCGCUGCAGCCGCGCGACUGCCUCGCCGUUGCCACGCGCCUCUGCUCCACCAAGCUCACGCAGCGAGAGGAAAUCCUCGGUGUAUUAAAAUGGAGUGCAACAGCGGCGGACGACGGCGCGCUGCGCGGCGCGCUCACGCGGCUCCUGCGCGUGCCCAACGACGAGCUCGUCAAGUUCCUGCAGGAUAUACUCGACGCGCUCUUCUGUAUACUCACACAGGUGGAAGAAGACACACCAGAGUACACAGAGCAGAGCUACGCCGUGCUAGUGCUGGACUGCCUGCUGCAAGUGCUGGCGCUCGUCACUGACCACAAGUACCAGCACUUCCAGCCGGUGCUGCACGUUUAUAUCGAGAAGAGUUUCUGCGAUGCGUUAGCAUACGAGAAGCUGAUAUCUAUAAUGGUGUGGGCCAUCCGGUCCGCGGAGCAGGGUGAGGCGGCGUCCAAGCGGCUGCUGCAGUGCAUGAAGUGCCUGGAGAGCUUGUCGCGCGUGCUGGUGCGCUCGUGGCAGCUACGCUCCGCGCUGAGCGCUGACCUGCUGCACUGUCAUGAUCUGCAGAGCCUGCUGGAGGCGCUGGUGUGGCUGAUGCGGUGCGGCGACCACGCGCUCACGUGCCAGGGCUCCGCGCUCAAGUACCUGCCGCACGCCGUGCCCCAUCUCAUACGCAUAUACCCCGACACCCAGCUCAGCGAAUACACAGUAUGGGCGCUCGAGGCCCUCCCUCUGGGCCGGCUCUCUAACCAGCGACUACACGCAUUACUGGAACUAGUGCGAGGCCCCCUGGGCGCCUCCGCCGGGCCCCGCGCCAAGCUGCUGCCCCACUUGGCCUCCACGCUCCGUGCCUUAUUACGGGCCCCCGCUGAGGUGGAGCUAUGCGUAGAAGCGCUGGGUGAAGUGGUGUCCCUCCUCGCCCGGGACGACGUCGGUCCGGUCGAGGCGGAUAGAGGGGAACUAGCAAGGGCCCUACUGCCAACUGUCCUGAGGAUAGCCGCGACUAUGAUGCGGGAUAGGAAUAGAGAAGAGGGGAUACCCAAUGAAGACCCCUUGUUGCGCAAGUUAAUCUGCGUCCUCCUAGACAUGGUGCGGCAGAUGUCGGAAGAGCAGUACACGGUGGUGAUGCGGUCGCUAGACGCGGAGGGCGCGGGCCGCGGCCACACGCUGCUCACGGACGCGCUCGCGCUCAUGAUGGCUUUGCUCCAGCGCCCGGUGUUCAGACCCCAUUGGGCUGAUAUGCUACAUCUGCAGCAUUAUGUUAUGUUGCAUGCUCUCAGGUUACUAGCGACGACUCUGCGCGAGAACCUCACGUCCAUCACGGUCAGCGAGGAGGUGGAGCAGGAGGCGGUGGGCGCGGUGCACGCCACCAUGAUAGAGUGGUUCGGCGCGGUGGGCGCCGUGGCCGCGUCGCCGCCGCUGCAGCUGGAGGCGCUGCCCGCCGCGCGCCGCCAGCGCGCGCUCGUGCUCUACGGCGAUAUCCGCCGCCAGGCCGCCGCGCUCAUGGCUGAUAUGUGGUUCAGUUUGGAGGACCAUAAGCGUUUCUUCAUAACUCACCUCGUGGGGACGUUCUUAGAAGUGAGCUUUCUCCGCGAUGAAGAGGUUCGCAACACUACAAUACCAUUGUUCUUCGAUAUGAUGCAGACAGAGUACAAAUACACUGCUGAGAGUGGCGAAGGCAACCUGAGGAGCCUGGAGAACGAGCUGAUAGACAAGCUGGACGUGCUGGCGGAGGCGGGGCGCGGCGACGCGGCGUGGCGCGCGCGCUUCGUGUCGCUGUGCGGCGCGCUGGCGCACGCGUCGCCGCUGCGCGUGCCCGCCGCCGCGCUGGUGGCGGCCGCGGCGCGCCAGCUGGACGCGCUGCUGCGCUACCGCGCCGCCGCGCCGCCGCGCCGCGUGCACCUCGUGCCCGGCGUGCUCCGCUUCUACGAGGAGAUCGAGCGCCCGCACAUGUACAUACGGUACGUGCACCGGCUGGCGGCGAUGCACUGCGCGGGCGCGCGCUGGGCGGAGGCGGCGCUGGCGCUGCAGCUGCACGCCAAGCUGCUGGCCUGGAGCGACGAGCCGCUGCCGCCGCGCCUGCGCCACCCCGACCGCGCCGACCGCGACCGCACGCACCUCGACCUCAAGAUCUACCUGUACGAGGAGAUAUCCUCGCUACUGGACCGCGGGCAGCAGUGGGAGCUGGCGGUGCGCUGCACGCGCGAGCUGGUGGGCGUGUACGAGCGGCGCGCGCGUGGCUACGCGGCGCUGGCGGCGCUGCACGAGACGCUGGCGCGCCUCUACCGCGCGCCGCUCACGCACGCGCGCCUGCGCGCCGUGUACUUCCGCGUGCGCUACCUGGGCGGGGGCUUCCCCGACCACAUGCAGAACCCGAAGGGUUUCGUGUUCCGAGGCAACGAAGGCGACAUGCUGCAUAACUUCAAAGAGCGCAUGCUGGAGGAGUGGCCCGAAGCAGAGGUGCUGCUCAAGCUGGACGAGCCCGGCAAUGAUAUUACUAUGUCGGAAGGACAAUAUUUACAAAUAAACGCGGUGACGCCCAUCAUGGAUGAGAAGUGGAGGGCGUUGUUAGGUAAAUCCGUGGACGACCAUCUAGUGCGGAGCUACUACGAGCACAAUAAUGUGAAAAAGUUCCAUUUUUCAAGACCUUUUCAUAAGACUGACGAUGCCAUAACAGAGCUAACGGAAGGCAAGAAGGAAGACCUCAUGCGAGCGAACGAGUUCGCGACGCGCUGGCUGGAGAGGACCGAGCUGGAGAUCAGUGACACGUUGCCUGGUAUUCUACAAUGGUUCCCCGUGGUGUCGACGCGCACGUACUGGGUGUGCCCGCUGGAGGUGGCCGUGGAGACCAUGCUGCAGACCAACGACCAGCUGAAGACCACCAUCCUGGAGGCCUCCGACGACAGCGCGCCUCUCCAUCCGCUGUCCAUGAGGUUACAGGGUAUCCUAGACUCGGCAGUGCAGGGCGGCCUCAUCCACUACAAGCUCGCGUUCCUCACGCCCGAGUACGAGGCGCGGCGGCCGGAGCACGCCGCGCUACUGCAGAAGCUGCGCGACCUGAUCUCGGAUCAAGUGCCAUUGCUCAAAUACGGUCUAGAGGUCCACGCCCGGAGAAACCCUCAGCGAGAUUUGCAUGACCACCUCGUCAAAUGCUUCCGGGAUCGUAUGAGCGAGUUUGAGAGCGGGUCGCCGGUGUCGCCCGAGGUGGUGCUGCGCGCGCGCGACGACGCCGAGCGCCACCUCCCGCACGCGCAGGCGCCCGCGCGCCUCUCCGACGUCUCCGCCGGGAACGGAACAACACCAAAAUCAAAGUCCAAACUCAAUUCUGCUUUAAAUUGGACGAGAAGAGACAGCAGUAGCGGCACUCUAACACCUCGGCACAAAAAGAGAAGUAGAAAGAGCGAGACCAGUCUGCAAUCGAGUGGCAGUCAAUGGUACACUUCAAACAGCCCAAAUGCCAACUCCCACGCCCACGCACACGCCCACAACAGUGCAGGCGCGAUAAACAACGCAAUCAUCAGUGCGAUAAACACUGCGUUAAAUAAUAAUGUUCUAGAUGCACCCUUCUUGCCGUUGAAGGAGUUGAGGCAGGAGCUGGUGACGGAGCGUCCGCCGCGCGCGGAGGCGGGACGUCUCUCGCAACGCACGAGUUUCAUUACCAACUCGGAACCGCCCUCCAAUAGGGACUCUUUGGGCACAACAGAUUCCAACCAAGAUGAAGAAGAACCACCCCCGUUGCCCCAGAAACAGCACAAAACCCUAGAAGCUGAUGCUGACAACAACAACACCCCCCGACACAACUAUGACCUGGUGCUGGCGCCUCGCAACUCCUACCUGUACCAGUCCCGCCGGAGAGAGACUCAACUCCCACUGCUGCCACUCCUGCCGGAUAAUGAGAAGGCCCCCACUCCACCACCCAAGAAGAGAUACCAAAAUAACGUG